CAUACCCGCGCCCUUCAAACUGGCCCCUCCUCACUCGCUUCACAACCACAUCCCACAAUUCAUUGCGCUCUCGAGCCCUUCAGCAGGACGUAAGGACGCGGUUUAGGUGUUGGACCUGAUCAGAUCUCUGCUCAGAGAUGGCCGACGUUAUCGAAGAGAAAAUCAAGAACUACAGAACAGCUCCAUUCGAUGCCCGUUUCCCAAACACCAACCAGACAAGAAACUGCUACCAAAACUACCUUGAUUUUCACAGGUGUACUAAGGCUUUGUCAGCCAAAGGUCAGGACACGGCCCCAUGUCAGUGGUACCAGAGAGUGUACAAGAGCCUGUGUCCCAUUGGCUGGGUGGAGAAGUGGGACGGGCAGGUUGAGGAUGGAAGUUUCCCGGGAAAGAUCUAAACGGGCUUGUGAUGCCAUUUAUCUAACUGUUCCUCCUGAUAUUUUCUAGACCUUAAUUUAACCAUUUUGUCACCUUGUGAGUUAAACCUGGCUGACACAAGUCUCAUCUUCAAUUCUGUGUAACAUAAUAAAAAAACGCACAAUGUGAA